AUGUCCCGAAAACUUGUCGACAAAAUGAUUUCCUUUAAACAAGAACCAUGCAUUCCAGUUCUCAACAAUGUAACAUUUAAUCUUUCCACUCUACCACCCAGGCUUCCUUUUCCACCAAACUUUAAUGUUGCAACUGAUAUUGUUAGCAAAAGAAAACCUUCACAAAUAAAUUUAAAAGCUCCAAAUGCUUUUUUAAUAUAUCGAAAGGUUUUUUUGGACUAUCUUUGCACCAAUAAUCCCAGCCUUAAAAUGACAGAUGUUUCAAAAUUAGUUAGUAUCUAUUGGAAAAGUGAGCCAGAAUUAGUUAAAUCUUUUUAUAAAGAUGUUUCUCAUCAAGUUGAGAGUAAGUUGAAUGAAAAACGAAAAGCAAAUGUAUCAUUUUGUCGAGUUAUUUGGAAAAAUUCAAAGUUAUCAGGACUUUCUAAACAGAAGCGUAAAGUUACAAGAAAAAAGAGACAAUUUAAUUUUAGUACUAAAAUUUCCUCUGCAAAUUCUUCGAGAAGUAAUAUCUUUUAUGAAUUUGUUAAUGUUACUCCAGAAACUAUUCUUGCUUCUAAACCAAGUACGACGAAAAUUGAUAACUCUUCGCUCUCUACGAACAAUUUGCUAGACAUGAGUUCUGUAUUAGAAGACACGGUUACGGACAAUGAAAAUUGCCUUUUACUAAAUGAUUACUACAAUAAUCCAGAAAUUAUUCACAAUGAAGAACUCACUCAUUAUAAUUAUAUUCAAAAUUUAUAUUUGUCGCAAAAUGUUUUAGACCUUAAUUGUGAUAGAUUGGACUAUAAUUUGCAAGAUUUUUCUGAAUUAGAAUCAGAAAUGACAUCAGCUACAAAUUUUAAUAUUUGA